GCUCUUGGCGUAGCCGGAGUGAGGGUCGUGUGUAAGGGAAUAAAUAUUUUUGGUGAUUCUCGAACUGUUCCCACUGUGGAUUACUAAAAUAAAUAUAAACUACAGUGAUGUGCGUAUGUCGGUGAGAAAUUGUUUGUGACACAAACUUAAAACGUUCCUAGUCUUAAAUAAGAAUAUAAAGUCCGAAUCGUUCACAAAAUACCUAACAUAAGUAACAUUUAUUACAUUUUAAAGUUUUAAGUUUUCGGGGUGGUGGUGGUGUGGUGACGUCAACGAUGACGCCCUCGUCAUCGUGCUGUACUUUAAGUUUCUUUUCACCAGUUUCAGUGGUUCAAAUUCUGUGUGUAUUAGGACUGACGGCUCUUGGUUCUACAAGGAAUACAGGUCAUGUGAACUGGACUUCUACAACAAUACAAAAUCCAGGAGAUGGAUCCUGUGCUGCAGGAAUGUUCCGUUGUCUGGAAGGCAAGUGCAUUCCGUCGCUGUGGGUGUGCAACUAUCAGAAGGACUGCGAAAAAGGAGAAGACGAAUUCCAGUCUUGUCCUCCGCCCGACUGUGAGCCCGGACAGCAGUCAUGCGGUCAGUACAUGUGGAACAAGACCUACUGCAUUCCCCCGCAUCACCGGUGCGACAUGACGGUGGACUGUGUCGAUGGCACAGAUGAGGCAGAGUGCACAUAUCGAAAGUGUCAAGCUGAAGACGUUCGUUGUGGUCCGGACUCGGCUGGGCCAUGUUUGCCUAAGGAGAAGAAGUGUGACGGAUACUAUGACUGCCGAAACCGAAGGGAUGAAGAGGGUUGUCCUCCAGAUCACGGGGUGUCUUGUUCUUUAGACCAAUUUCGCUGUGCGAACAAACAGCGCUGCAUUGACAACUUCCUGAAAUGUAACCAUCGUAAUGAUUGUGGUGACAACAGUGAUGAAGAGAACUGCAAUUUUCCGCCGUGCCACGUGGGUCAGUUUCGUUGUGAGAAUGCGCUCUGUAUUCCUGCAAGUUUCCACUGUGAUGGUUACAGAGACUGCCAAGACGGCACUGAUGAACAAAACUGCACGGCUAUUGCUUGUCCAGGAAACAAGUUUCUGUGCCCCGAGGGAGGACCCGGAGGAAUUCCUCGAUGCAUUCUCCGUUCAUCAUUGUGUGAUGGCAAGAAGGACUGUGAGGAUUCAGCGGAUGAGGAAACAGCUUGUUCUUCCAGCAGCUGUCAGUCUCUAGGAUGUGAAUAUAAGUGCCAAGCAUCAUUGACAGGUGGCAGCUGUUACUGUCCUGAUGGACGACAAGUUGCUAAUGACAGUCGGUCAUGUAUUGAUAAAGACGAGUGUCGGGAAUGGGGUUUCUGCGAGCAGCUCUGCGAAAACACUGAUGGCUCAUACCAGUGUUCUUGUAUGCCCGGAUAUACGCUUCAGAAUCGCUCCCAGUGCGUAGCUCCUAAUGACUCCUCUCUCUUACUGUUCUUUGCUCAUGAUCAUUCUGUUUGGCGCAUGACAGCGCAAGGACAAAACGUUCAGCUAGUAGCAAAUGCAACUGGCGCCAGUGGCCUCGACUUCCACUUCAGCCGCAAUCAACUCUACUGGUCAGAUGUGAAAACUCGCAAGGUUCAUUCACAACAGCUGAUGUCAUCUGGUACGUCAGUCUCGUCUGAUUCUGACAUCACGUUGCCUGGAAUGUGGUCUCCAGUUGCACUUGCAGUGGACUGGGUGGGUGACAAAUUGUAUAUAGCAGAUGCUAUUGGACAGAAAGUGGAUGUCUUUGAGCUGGAUGGUCAUUGGCACGCUGUUGUGCUCAGUAGCAACUUGAGCAAUCCAGCGGAUAUAGCACUGGAUCCGACAGUUGGGUACAUGUUUGUGGCUGAUAGCACUCAAGUUAUUCGUGCAAACAUGGAUGGUACAAAUGCCAUGGCCAUUGUAUCUGAAGCUGCAUACAAAGCAUCAGGUGUUGCAGUUGAUAUCAUAGCAAAGCGAGUAUUUUGGUGUGAUUCCUUACUUGAUUACAUUGAGACAGUAGACUACGAAGGGAACAACAGGAUCUUGGUGGUUCGAGGUCAGACGGUACCGUCCCCUUCUCGUCUUACACUAUUUGAGAAUCAUAUCUUCUGGUCUGAUGGCACAAAGCAGGGAAUCAUGAGCAUUAACAAAUAUCAGGGCCACAACAGCAUUCAGGUGGUGUACCGUAAGAGGGAAGUAAGAGAGCCGAAGGGUGUCAAGGCUGUGCAUGGACUGAUUCAGCUUUAUGCAUCAAACCCAUGUGGAAAUCAAAAUGGUAACUGUGAUCACAUGUGUAUUGUAACUGCUGGUGAAGGAGCAGGAGCGUUGGGAUACCGUUGUGCAUGUAACAUCGGCUGGAUGCUUGGAAGUGACCAGCGGCAUUGUAAUCUUAUUGAAGAAUUUCUAAUGUAUUCGCAGCAACGAUUCAUCAAGGGACGAGUCUUGGACCCUGUGAUUGAGGGAUUCAGUGAUGCCAUAGAUCCAGUUGUAUCACGCAAAGCUCGCUUUGUUGGUCUCGAUUUUGAUUUUAAGGAUAAGUACAUCUAUUACUCUGAUGUCCUACAGGACGUUAUCUACAGAAUUCAUCGUAAUGGAACAGGCCGAGAGAUUGUUCUGGCUUCUCAGAAUGAAGGAGUGGAAGGUCUAGCAGUAGACUGGGCGGCCAAGAACUUGUAUUACAUUGACAGUCGUAAAGGAACGCUUAAUGUUUUGAGCACUCGCAAUGUUACAUAUAGGAGGAUACUGCUGAACAACCUCAAGAGACCUCGAGCUAUCGUAGUGCAUCCUAACAGAGGGUACAUAUUCUUCUCAGAAUGGGACAGACCAGCCAAUAUAAGUAGAGCAUAUACAGAUGGCAGCAACCUUGUGGUUUUCCGAAAUGUGACGUUAGGCUGGCCCAAUGGACUUUCAGUGGACUUUCAGACUGAUCGACUCUAUUGGUGUGAUGCUUUGCUUGACCAUGUACAGCAUUCUAAUUUGGAUGGAACAGAUAUUCGAACAGUCAGCUCGCGACUUAUACGGCAUCCAUUCUCAAUAGUUAUUCACAAAGACUGGAUGUACAUCACGGACUGGAGACUGGAUGCCAUUAUCAAGCUACACAAACUGUCAGGAGAAUUGGAAGAAGUUCUGGUGCGGGAGUCACAAACAAAUCGUCUGUAUGGUGUGAAGGUGUACAGUGGUUCUGUGCAGACCGUUGACCAUAAUCAGCCUUGCUCAGUUAACAAUGGUGGCUGUGAAAAACUCUGUUUUGCUGUUCCAAGAGACAACACAACAGAACUGCAGGCAAAGUGUGGUUGCCCUUAUGGAGAGAGAUUGGUGGAACCUGAAAACCAGACUUGUCAGGCAGACCCUAACGCAGAACCUCCAGUACAAGCUUGUCCCAAUACUUGGGACUUCACAUGUAACAAUCAGCGCUGCAUACCGAAAGCGUGGGUCUGUGAUGGUGAUGAUGACUGUCUUGACAACUCGGAUGAAGAACAAAACUGCACUAAACCUACGUGCGGAUCAGGAGAGUUCAAGUGUACCACAGGGCGCUGCAUUCCUGGCAGCUUUAAAUGUGAUUCUGAGAAUGACUGUGGUGACUUCUCGGAUGAGACCGGUUGUGUCAACGUGACCUGUGCACUUUCACAGUUCCGUUGUGAGAAUGGGCGCUGUAUCCCCGCGACCUGGAAAUGCGACUCUGAGAAUGACUGUGGUGAUGGUUCGGAUGAAGGGGACUUCUGCACAGAGAAAACAUGUGCUUAUUUCCAGUUCACGUGUCCCCGUUCAGGACAUUGCAUUCCUCAGUCCUGGGUUUGUGAUGGAGACAAUGACUGCUUUGACAACCAAGAUGAGGAAGGCUGUCCACCCAUCACAUGCUCAGCCACUCAAUUUAAGUGUUCUGAUCUCAAGCAGUGCAUUCAAGAGACCUACAAAUGUGAUGGCAUUCCAGACUGCAAUGAUGGCAGUGAUGAGAACGGCUGUCCAUCCUUAGCACCUGAUCAAUGUGAUACAGAGAAACAGUUCCAAUGCCAGUCAUCAGGAAUUUGUAUCCCUCGACCAUGGCUCUGUGAUGGUACAGCUGACUGUGACGAUAAUACAGAUGAGCCUGAAUCUUGUGGAACAGUGGACUGCCAGGCAGGCUUCUUCAAAUGUAACAGUUCUCAAUGUAUCUUCAAAGCAUACAUCUGUGAUGGGAAGAAUGACUGUAUAGAUGGUUCUGAUGAGGAUGAUCGACAUGCAUGUGGACCACCACCUUUCAGUUGCGAUUCAGGUGAAUGGCAGUGUCCGGGAGUUACGGAGCGUUGUGUGAACCUCACCAAGGUUUGUGAUGGGAAACUUGAUUGUCCAAAUGGUGCUGAUGAAGGAGAAGGCUGUGACCUUGAUGAAUGUGAACACCAAGAAGGACUGUGUUCCAACAAAUGCAAACAGACCCCAUCGGGAGCCAUUUGCACAUGUCCACAUGGAGAGGUAUUGAGGAAUGAUUCACUUGAAUGUGAGGAUAUGAAUGAAUGUGAGCCUCCUGGUCGCUGUUCGCAGCAGUGCACAAACACGAAAGGCAACUACUACUGCAGUUGUGUUCCUGGAUAUACUCUAGAACCGAAUAAACACACCUGCAAGGCCAUCAACCACAGUGCAGCAUUCCUCAUCAUUUCAAAUCGUCAUUCCAUCUUGGUGGCUGACCUCAAAGAACAGGGACUUGAGAGAGUCCCAAUCAUUGUUGAAAAUGUUGUAGCAACAGCUUCUAAUAUGCACACUGGCACCAUCUUUUGGUCAGACAUGAAGUUGAAGAAGAUUUCCCGGUUAGACAGAGGAAGUGAAGUACAAGAAGUGAUAUCAAAUGGUUUGGAUCUAGUUGAGGGACUGGCAUAUGAUUGGAUUGGAGGAAACUUAUACUGGUUGGAUUCAAGACUCAAUACAAUAGAAGUUGCCAAGGAAAAUGGUCUCAACAGAAUGGUUCUGCUUAAGGAGAACAUAACACAGCCAAGAGGAAUGGCUCUAGACCCUAGCAAGGGAGCUCGGUGGCUAUUUUGGACUGACUGGGGAGAGAACCCCCGUAUUGAGCGGGUUGGAAUGGAUGGAACCAACCGUAGUGUCAUCAUCAGUACCAAAAUUUACUGGCCAAAUGGUCUCACCUUAGAUAUUGCAAACAAACGUGUAUACUUUGCAGAUUCAAAGCUGGAUUUUAUUGACUUCUGCUAUUACAAUGGCUCAGGACGUCAACAAGUUCUAGCUGGUAGUCAUUACCUGCUGCAUCCACACUCACUUACACUAUUUGAGGACACAAUGUACUGGACUGAUCGGCAGUUGAACCGUGUGUUGUCGGCACACAAGUUCCGUGGGCAGAAUCAGACUGUGGUGUCACAUCUUAUAUCUCAGCCACUUAGCAUCCAUGUACAUCAUCCUUCCUUGCAACCUAAAUCUAAUGGAAACAAUCCCUGUGAAGGAGCUCCAUGCUCACAGCUUUGUCUUCUGUCUCCAUCUGCGUCUUAUGGUUACACCUGUAAGUGUAAACCUGGCUAUCGCAUCCAGCCUGAUGGGAAAUGCAUUGUAGAGGAAGUACCAUUCUUGAUGGUGAUGCGUGCAUCUCAGGUCAUUGACGUGAGCUUGACUCCUGGUGAUAAGACACGCGGCUUCCUCACACCAAUUGUAGGAAUUGAAGGUGGAAUUCACUUAGACUUUGAUCGCAAGAAGCAGAUAUUGUUCUGGGUUGAAGGCAAGGAUGAUGAUGAUGAGAAUUGCACAAUUUAUGUAAGUCCAUAUGGAGGUGGAAACAAGACUUCAUUCCUAGGAAAUGGAGACUCUGGUAUAGUUGGGGCACCAUACACUAUAGCAUUUGAUUGGUUGGGCCGCAAUCUGUAUAUUGGCAACCGAAUGGCAUCAAAUUUUGAAGCUGUGAAAGUAGAUGGGAAGGUGAAACAUCGGACAAUUAUCCUAGCCAAUGAUGGCAACAAAACCUCUGUUGCUAAACCCAAAUCCAUGUGUCUGGAUCCUUUGGAUGGGAAGCUGUACUGGAUGGAUGAAGGAGGAUACGGAGUUCCAGCCAAGGUUGGAAAAGUGAACAUGAAUGGAUCAAACCCAAUCAUAUUACUGGAAGACAUAGAACGACCAGAAGCUAUAACCAUAGAUCUAUACACCAAGCUUCUGUACUUCAGUGUACAGUACCCAAGUUUUAUUAAAGUGAUGGAUGUGAAUGGAGGUAAUGUGAUCACCCUACUGUCAGAGUCCAACAAUGUUGCACACCCCAAAGCACUUGCAGUCCUGGACAGUCGACUCUAUUACUUGGAUCCAUCUUAUGAAAAGAUUGAGAGGGUUGACUUGCCUAAAGGAGACAAUCCAAAGUUACUCAUAGACAACGAAGCUGAUCUCAAGACCUUCACAAUUUUCAGAAAGAGACCAACUACAAAUCAUCCAUGCAUGAACAACAAUGGUGGUUGUGAACAGCUGUGCAUACCACAUGAGGCUAGCACACGAGUAUGCAGCUGUUCUAUUGGUUACAAGAAGGAGAAUGAAGUUACUUGUACUGCCUACAAGACAUUUGCUGUUGUGUCUCAAUUAGACAUCACCCGUGGCUACAGCCUUAAGGACUCUGCAGAAGCGAUGGUGCCCAUCACAGGUCCAGGUCACCAUAUUCUUCAUGUCGAUGUGCAUUAUGCACAAAACUGGAUCUACUGGGUUGAGUUUAACCGAGGAGUAUGGAAUGGCAUUUUCCGUAUUAGACCAAAUGGCACUGAACUCCAGCCAAUAAUUAAGGAUGGUAUUGGGUCAAAUGGGAUUCGUGGGAUAACCAUUGACUGGAUUGCAGGAAACCUGUAUUUUACCAAUGUGUUCCCUCAUGAAAACUAUCUCGAGGUAUGCUGGCUUGAUGGUUCCAAUAGAAUGGUGCUUGUUAAGACCACUACAGAUGCACCACGAGAACUUGCUGUCAACCCUGUUAAGAGGUACCUUUACUGGAUUGACUAUGGACAGUACCCAAGAAUAGGAAAAGCAUUCUUAGAUGGCACUGGCUGGCAGCCAAUGGUGACCUCUGGAAUCAGUAACCCUCGUGAUUUAACUGUUGAUAUGUUGACACAUGAAGUAUACUGGGUUGACUCCAAGCUGGACAUGAUCCAGAAAGUGUCCUUUACUGGUGGAAACAGACAAGUGAUUCGCCGCAAUUUACCAAAUCCAAUGGGUAUUGCUGUACAUAAGAGUGAUGUUUAUUGGGUGGAUCGUAACCUGGCUUCAGUGUUCAAAGCUUCAAAAUUGGCUGGCAACACUUCUCUUCCCUCCUCAGUGCGAACAAACUUGCCUCGACUGCGUGAUAUUGCCAUUUUUGAUGUGGCAAACCAGCCUCUGGAUGAACAAAACCCUUGUAUGCAGUUGGGGAAUGGUGGAUGUGACCAGCUAUGCUUUUCUUUUCCAUCAGAAUUUACCAGAACUGAGAAGCCACAGUAUCGUUGUGCUUGUGCAACUGGAGAGCUGAUAAAUACGUCAAGUGUUGGUGAUGGACGGAAGUGUGACUCAGUAAAUGAGUUCCUCGUGUUCUCUACUCGCACCGAGAUAAGAUCUGUAAAUCUUGACCCACACUCUACCAGUUUACCCUUCAAACCAGUAGGAAAUCUGACAAAUGUUGUUGGGGUAGACUUUGAUUAUGCAGAUCAUAAGCUGCUGUUCACUCAGAUAAGACCAUGGGCACGCAUUGCAUGGAUGUCCAGCUCAGAUCCCAGCUCCCGCGAUGCUCAGAACAUUAUCAACCGUGGUAUAAACCCUGAGGGAAUUGCUUAUGACUGGACACAGAAGAAGGUAUACUGGACAGAUUCAUCCAACAAUAGCAUCUAUGCCAUGAACUUGGAUGGCACAGAUCUGGUAAUGAUUGCUCGAGUGGAGCGUCCAAGAGCCAUUGUGGUGGAUCCGUGCAAUGGGUCACUGUACUACACAGAUUGGGGCCGUUUUGGAACAUCGGGUCGAAUAUUCAGAACAACAAUGGCUGGUUCUCUGAAAAAGGCUAUUGUGGAUAAAGAUCUGUCACAACCAAGUGGUCUGGCUAUUGACUAUGAAGACAGGAUGCUGUAUUGGACAGAUGCUGUGAGAGAGAAGAUUGAGAGAGCCACAAUGAAUGGAAAUAACAGAGAGGUCUUAAUAUCUGCAACCAUCUACCCAUUUGCAAUCACUGUUUAUGGUAUCUACAUCUACUGGACAGACUUGCAACUACGCGGGGUUUACCGAGCUGAGAAACACACAGGUGCCAACAUGAUAGAAAUGGUGAAACGUUUAGAAGAUUCUCCAAGAGACAUACAUGUUUUCUCAGAUUUGCGACAGAAAUGUCAGGUCAAUCCAUGCCACAUUAACAAUGGAGGUUGUGCACAAUCUUGUCAUCCAGGACCCAAUGGCACAGCAGAGUGUAGGUGUAAUGACAGUAUGAAACUGGUGAAUGAGAACCGCAUGUGCGUGGCCAAGAACCUUACAUGUGAAGCCAACAAGUUCGUUUGUCGCAAUGGCAAGUGCAUCUCGCGCAUGUGGGCAUGUGAUGGUGAUGAUGACUGUGGAGACAAUACUGAUGAAGAUGAACAAUACUGCACAUUCCAUUCUUGCAGUCCCAUUGAGUUUAGGUGUGCAAAUGGCCGAUGCAUAUUCCGGUCAUGGAAAUGUGAUCAUGAAAAUGACUGCCGAGAUGGUUCAGAUGAAUUAGAUUGCAACUAUCCACCAUGUGCUAAGGAAGAAUUUACAUGCGCUAACCAUCGCUGCAUACCCAUGUUACAGGUCUGCAAUGGUGUGAAUGACUGUAAGGAUAAUGUAACUUCAGACGAGACUCAUGAUCGCUGUCCACGCAACACAACUUGUCCAGUAAACCACCUCAAGUGUGAGAAGACAAACAUCUGUGUUGAGCCAUACUGGCUGUGUGAUGGAGACAAUGACUGCGGUGACAAUAGUGACGAAGAUGCAAUCCAUUGUGCUCAACGCACAUGCCCACAGAACAGCUUUAGGUGCCCAAAUCAUCGAUGCAUCCCAGCAACGUGGUAUUGUGAUGGUGAUGAUGAUUGUGGAGAUGGGUCUGAUGAACCACCAGAGUACUGCAAGUCUGAAGGUCGGACGUGCUUUGGUGAUUUGUUCACGUGUGAUAAUGGGAAUUGCAUUCCUCGCAUUUAUAUUUGUGAUGGAGAUAAUGACUGCCUUGACAACUCAGAUGAAGAUGAAAGGCAUCAGUGCAAUGCUCGAGUAUGUGAUGAGGAAACAGAAUUCACAUGUAAAGAAAACAAGUUGUGGAACCGAGCACAAUGCAUACCGCGCAAGUGGUUGUGUGAUGGUGAUCCUGAUUGUGUGGAUGGAGCAGAUGAAAAUAUAACACUACACCAUUGCUCCACUCCAGUGCCUUGCAGUGAUGAGCAGUUUGCCUGUAAUAAUGGCCGUUGCAUAAACAGGGGUUGGAUGUGUGACCAUGAUAAUGACUGUGGUGAUGGUUCUGAUGAAGGAAAGUUCUGUAACUCCCAGUAUAAGACCUGCAGCACUCUGGAGUUUACCUGCCAGAACUUCAAAUGUAUUAGAACCUUAUACCACUGCGAUGGUGAAGAUGAUUGUGGUGAUAACUCUGAUGAAUUUGAUUGCCGCAAAAAAGAAAAGGCACAGUGUGCGCAAGGCCAGUUCAUGUGCAACAACGGACAAUGUAUUGAUUAUCAUCUGGUGUGCAACAAGGUGUCAGAUUGCUCUGAUGACAGUGACGAGCCUCUUCAUUGUAAUGUAGAUGAGUGCUCCAAGGUGGAAGUACACCAAUGUGGACAUAAGUGUGUGGACACUCUUACAGGCUUCUACUGUGAGUGUAACCAGGGCUACAAACUGUUGGAAGAUGGAAAAGCAUGUGCUGACAUUGAUGAAUGCAUAGAGACACCUGGUGUGUGUUCACAGUAUUGUUCUAAUACACCAGGAUCAUACUACUGCAAAUGCAAUGAGGAAUAUUAUGAACGAGCAACAGAUGAACAUACAUGCAAGCGGCGAGAGAAAACUCGGCCAUGGCUUAUUUUUACAAACAAGUAUUAUGUUCGAAACAUGUCUUUAGAUGCUUCAGUUUACUCACUAAUUCACCAAGACCUCAUGAAUGUUGUGGCUCUUGAUUUUGACUAUAAGGAUGGAUAUAUGUACUUCUGUGAUGUCAGUGCCAAAACAAUAUUCAGGUCACGAAUAGGAUCAUCUGAACCAAAAGAACCAGUUAUUCGCCAUGACAGCCACGGACUAGAGGGAAUUGCUAUAGAUUGGGUUGGUCGCAAGUUGUACUGGCUGGACCGACACAGCAAACAGCUUGAUGUUGCUGAGCUUGAUGGCACCCGGCGCAAAACUCUUAAAGUUGGCAUUGCUGAUCCUCGUGCUCUUGCUGUUCACCCUGGAACUGGUUAUUUGUAUUUCACCAGCUGGCACCUUCAGGCAUUUAUUGGCAAAGUGGGUAUGGACGGCUCUAAUUUUACAAGAAUUCUUACAUGGGAGAAUAAUAUUGCAUGGCCAAAUGCCCUCACUAUUGACUAUUUUACGGAUCAUAUCUACUGGGCUGAUGCGCACCUGGAUUAUAUUGCAUUUGCUGACCUGGAAGGCCAUCAUCACCAUAUUGUGUUGUCAGGUGAAAAGGUGCCUCACGUAUUUGCCAUUACACUGUUUGAUGACUUCCUUUACUGGACUGACUGGAAUCUGAAGGCCAUUAGCAAAGCCAACAAGUUCACAGGUAAAGACUUGGCAGUAAUUCGAAAUACAACACAUCGUCCAUAUGACUUGCACAUAUUCCAUCCACUGCGACAACUACCAUAUCCUAAUCCAUGUGGAGACAACAAUGGUGGCUGUUCACACCUCUGUCUGAUCAGCCCAAAGCCUAAAACAGGUGACGAACCAGUCCCCACAGGCUUCAGAGAGGGGGAAGGUCCAGUGACGUAUAUAUGUGCUUGUCCAAAUCAGUUUUAUCUGUCACCACAGGAUAACAAGACCUGUAUUGCCAACUGUACAACUGGACAACAUCGUUGUGGUGGAAAUGAUGAUAAAUGCAUACCCUGGUUCUGGAAAUGUGAUGGAGAGAGAGACUGUAAAGAUGGCACAGAUGAACCAUCAUCGUGCCCUGAACGUCACUGUCGUGCAGGAACUUAUCAGUGUAGUAAUGGCAACUGUACAGCAUCAGCCACUAUCUGUGAUGGAGUAGAUGACUGUGGAGAUGGUUCUGAUGAAAAGAAUUGUGAUUUACCAUGUCCUGACUUGGAAUUCAAGUGCAAGUCUAAUGGUCGAUGUGUGCUAAAUGCAUGGAUGUGUGAUGGAGAUGCUGACUGCAAAGAUCGCAGUGAUGAAGCUCCAGAAAUAUGCCAUAACAGAAAAUGUGAUCCUGAAACAGAGUUUUCUUGCAAAAAUGGAAGGUGCAUCCCAAAAUUAUGGAUGUGUGAUUUUGAUAAUGACUGUGGAGAUGACUCAGAUGAGCCCGCUUAUAUGUGCAGGCAGCGAAACUGUACCACUGGGUGGCAGCGAUGUCCAGGACGCACCAACUACCGGUGUAUCCCCAAGUGGCUGUUCUGUGAUGGCAAAGAUGACUGCCGUGAUGGAAGUGAUGAGUUGCCAGAGAAUUGUCCCAAGUGUCAUGAAACUGGAGAUUUCCGCUGUACAAACAACCGAUGCAUCCCCAAGCGAUGGCUGUGUGACUUUGAGAAUGACUGUGGUGACAAUAGUGAUGAACAGGAUGCCCACUGCCACGGUUCCUAUCGUGAAUGCUCCGAGUCAGAGUUCCGGUGUAACAACAAUAAGUGCAUUCCUAACCGGUGGCGAUGUGAUGUUGAUGAUGACUGUGGUGACAACUCGGAUGAAAUAACCUGCUCAGGCUUUCAAUGCAAGAAUGGAACAUUCCAAUGUGCAAGUGGACACUGUAUUGCCUCAUACUUUCGCUGUGAUGGAGACAGAGAUUGCAGAGAUAUGAGUGAUGAAAUGCAUUGUCCUCCACGGUUUCCUGGUGGCCGCUACUGUCCUGAGAGCAGAUUUGAAUGUGGCAAUCAUUUGUGUGUAAACCAGGGAGAUCUCUGUGAUGGGACAGAUGACUGUGGUGACAACUCUGAUGAGAGCCCAAGUCUCUGUAUGAACUUUAGUUGUGAUGCACUCAAGAGAUUCCAGUGUGAAAAUCAUCGCUGUAUACCUCGCUAUCAGCUUUGUGAUGGAAUUGAUAACUGUGGUGAUGGAAGUGACGAAAACAACAUGACCUUAUGUGCUAGUCGCUUCAAACCCUGCAACCUUUAUGCUGAGUACCAGUGUGCAAACAAAAAAUGCAUAGACCGUGGUAGAGUGUGUGACUUUGCUGAUGACUGUGGUGAUUCCUCUGAUGAACUUGGCUGCCAUCACACAAAAACUUGUACAGAAGCAAAUAGGGGAGGCUGUGAGCAUCACUGUAUGAAUCUUACUGAUGGAGGUUACAUCUGUGCCUGCUACUCUGGCUUCAUUAUCUCUCCAGACAACAGAAAGAAGUGCCUAGAUGUUGAUGAAUGUGCAACUGGAGUUCACCAGUGUUCUCAACUGUGUACCAAUUUGAAUUCAACAUAUGAAUGCUCCUGUCGCAAAGGAUUCACACUCUCAGAUGGAAUGAGUGGCGUGUGUAAGGCAGACAACCCUGAAGUAACACUUCUUUUUGCUAAUGGUCCAGAGAUUCGUUCAUACAGCAUACUGGAUCGCCGCCAGAUUGAUGUAAUACAAAAUGAGAAAAGAAUAGAAGCCAUUGAUUAUGAUCCCAACACAGAAAUCAUCUUCUGGGCUGACUCUUACGAUAAAACCAUUAAACGUUCUUACAUGGUCAAUGCUCAGAAAGGAGAUGUGAAAGUUGGCUUUGCACAAGAUCUUAACAUGAAAGGUAACUCAAAACCAGCUAGCCUGGCUGUAGACUGGGUUUCAAGUAACCUAUACUGGACUGAGACUGAUCGCUCAGGUUCAAAGCCACGUGGACGUGUUAUGGUUGCCAAAACUGAUGGGCGAUACCGGCGUGCAGUCAUCAAUAACGGCCUUGAAUUACCGACGUCUGUGGUUGUGGAUCCACAGCUGGGUCGCAUGUAUUGGGCUGAUGCAGGUGCUGCACCAAAGAUUGAGUCAUCUUGGAUGGAUGGUAGUAAACGCAAGUCCAUUGUCACGACUGGCAUUCGACACCCAGCAGGCUUGGCUGUUGAUUAUGCCAUGGAUCAUGUAUUGUACUGGGUUGAUUCGAAGCUGAAUAGUAUUGAAAUGGUGAAGCAUGAUGGCAGCAAUCGGAUUCUUGUACUCCAUGGAGAGUCACUUCAUCACCCCAUCUCAUUGGAUGUGUUUGAGAGCACCAUGUUUUGGGUAACACGGGAUGCUGGUGAACUUGUGAAGCAGGACAAGUUUGGUCGCGGAGUUCCCGUCAUUAUCACCAAAGACUUGGUGAAUCCAUCAGGAGUGAAGGUGUACCACAUGCAGCGAUACAACACAACCAUCAGUAACCCCUGUUUUAAUAGUGCAUGCACUCACUUGUGCCUGAUUGUGCCUGGUGGACAUCGAUGUGCAUGUCCUGAUAACUCUAACUUGCGGAGUGGUGGAAGUGAAGUUACAUGUGAUGCUGCAUCUGAAAGGCCUCGUCCAUCUCCACGAGUCUGCAGGUGUCAAAACGGUGGUGUCUGUCAAGAGGAUGACUCAGGAGGUUUAAUAUGCCAGUGCCCUGCUGAUUUCCAUGGUGACUCCUGUGCUGACUAUGUGAAGAAAACACUUGUUCCUGGCACUGGUACCAACACAGCUGCUAUUGUUAUUCCAAUUGUUGUCAUCCUUUUAAUUCUUCUGGCAUCUGGAGCUGUGUACUUUGUUCUUCGUAAAAGGCCAUUUGGAAAGGGCACUGGUCUAGGUGGUCUCUCAAACUCGCAGAGUGUUUCCUUCCGACAAGGUACCAAUGUUGAAUUUGGAACACCAGCGUUUGCUACUAAUGGCCCACAAGACAUAGUGGAGCCCAUGGAUGUGCAAUACAAUUUGAGAGACAUAAGUGCUAAGAACAGGGACUUCAGCAACCCCAUGUAUGACGCACUGGAUGGAAGUGGUCCAACGGGAAAUGGGGGCAACGGUGGAGGUAUCUACGAGGUGCCUUCUGAUGUAACAAAGUCAAAGGUUAUGGCUGGUAAUGGAGAAGUAGAAGUACUGCCUCACCCUGAGCCAGCAUCAGCCAUUCUUGCACCAUCUAGUAUCAUACAGAGGUCAUCCCCUCAGAUUCAUAUUCGACAUCGAGAACUGGAUCCUAGUUCUACUGAUACUGGCAAGGACACCCAAAAACUUGUUGAGGAGGACAAGUCUGAGUGCUAAUCACUGUUUAGGAUUAACACUUCCACAUGUGGCUUAGAUCAGGGGUGCUAUCACAGUAAGACAAUUUGACUCACAACAGAAGGCAAUGGACACUCUUAAUGAGAAAGAGAGAAUGCAUACGUAUCAAGAUUAUAUUCCAACACUCCAUGUGUGUGAGAGUGUUGGGUUCAGUGUUUACAGCCUGACUUGUUGUUCUUCCUAACAGAACACAUCAUAAUUGAUUAUUGGUUAUACUGGUUACUGAAAUUAUCCCCUUUUAUUAAGGACUCAAAAUGAAGUGUGGGAGUUUAUCCCUUAGUAUAAAGAGGAGACUGGGCAAAGAUUUUGGUGAAUUUUCUCACAUAAUGGCUUAAGAAAUGACAGGUCACAUAUUGGAAAAGCAUGUUACAAAAAGAAGAUUCAGUAGAAACCUUGCUGAUGUACCUACUUGGAGAGCUGUACUAUUUGUAAUAUUAAAAUUGUAUUAUGAUCACACAUGAUAAGGACAAGCGAAGCAAAGCAACAUUAUUUAAUGUAUUUUAAGAAGAGGACAAGACCAUUUGGCUUGUGUGUUAGUUCUGUGUUUCAAUGAAGUGCACUGUGUAAUGCUGUUGGAGCUGUGAGUGGCACUGAUGGUCGUUGAGCUGCUACACAGAGACGAUGGCUUCACCUGUCAGUUCUGAGUUAUAAAAGUUGUAGUACAUCAUUUAGGGUUUACUGCUGUGUGCAUCCUGACUACAUCCAUUAUAAUAACCAAAAGUUAAAAAAAAGUAACAUUUUUUUUUUACAAAUUUAAUGACUGAUGAUUGAUUAAGAGAUAUUGAAAAUAUUUUUCUAUUGGCCAUGGUAAAUGUUUGCAUGCUUGCAGGUGCUGAGAGGGUGUUGAAACCUUCCAAUGUUGUGUAUAUAUAUUUUAAAGAAACACUGUAAAUUUUAUUUAGGGAGAGACUUAUAAUAGUCCUGGAAAAUAUUUCUUUUUCCUGUGGUCUGUUGCUUAUUUGUUUGUUUUUUAAGAAGAAAUUUCAAUGACAUUUCACAUCUACAUGACUGUCAGUUUUAAUUCCUUUUUUUCUCUAACAAUGUUCUUUACUUUUUUAAUAAGUCUGACAGAUGCCAGGUAUGGUUCAACAUUCCAGAAUUAUGUGUAAUUUAUUUGCUUGCAGUAUCAGCACACUUUUCUGCUUCACUGUGUGCCAACAGGCAAACAGGUUACUAUAUAAUAUCGUGCAAAUAUCAACAUAAGACCGUCCAUAAUAUUGAUUGAAUUACAUUCCUUUCUUAUCAUUCCAACCUAGGAUGUUUUAAAUAUAUAGACUUGAAUUGAAGUCAGAUGGAAAUGUUUAAUACAGUUAACUGUUCUUUCAGAGUAUUGUACAGAGUUAUUUUGUGGGGGAGUUCUAGUUGUGGAGUAUCUUCUGGGCUUUAGUUAGAAACAUAACAUAUUUUUGUGAAAUUUUCACUACCUAUGAGACAUUUGAUUGUAGAUUUUAUACAGUUAUACUUAACAAUUGACAUAUAUAAGGUAGUACACUACAUUUUGCAUUGUUCAGUUUGUCUGCAUUAUGUACUUACAAUAGUCUAACUAAAACCCUGUGGAUAAGACCACACUAAAUUCUUGUACAGAUUAUAAUCUACUUGUAUUAAAAAAACAAUUUUAUAGUAAAGGUAACCCAGUGGGUUGUGUUUUUCA